UCAAGCAGAUGGCGUGUGGUCAUUUUUCACACAGCAGAGCACAUUUAAAAAUGUUUGUCUGUGUUAAAUUGUUCGGAGGUUGAUCUGCAGUUUUAAUCACAGCCAGUCACUCUGCUGUUGAAGUACUACUUUUAUUUCUGACGGUUUAGUUUGCUAGUUUGAGCAGAAGUUGUAUUUUAGUGUUAGCUUAUUUACACAAUCUUAGUAUCUGUCAUUUAAAAUCUCAGGGUCUGAAUGCAUGAGCUCAUUUGACUGUCAUGACACAAUGAUUGCAGAAAAAGUGUAUUUAUGUUCAUUUAAUUGAUAAAUGUUUAACAGAAUGAGCUGAUAAUUGGGCGAUACAUGUUAGGUGUACAGUCAAACUGGAGACUUGCUGUCUCUACUCUCUCUUAUCAGGUAGACUAUGGAGACCAACUGCUUUGUGGGAAAUGUAGUUUUAUAGCUUCAGAUUCUGUUGUUCAAGUGUUUGAAUGUUUACCACUAUGAGUUUAAUUUCUGUGCUAUGUGCGUUGCAGGGAGGUUAUGCAGGAACCGCAGUAGGCUUCAAGCUGUCGUCCCUCCUGUCUCUGGCUGACACCAAAGCUAACAAACCAGGCAUGAACCUGCUGCACUUUGUCGCUCUGGAAGCCCAUAAAAAAGAUGAGAAGCUCUUGGAGUUUCCUCUCAAGCUGAGUCACAUCCAGGCUGCAGCCAGGAUCUCAUUGGAAACAUUGGAUGCUGAGCUGCAUUUGCUGACAUCUCGCACACACUCAGUGGAGGAGAGCAUCCAGAGAGACACAGAGCUGCUGCAGCAACUGGACAGCUUUCUGCAGCAUGCCACAUCAUCUCUCUGCUCACUCCGUGGCAGUCGGCAACAGCUAAAGAGGGAAGGCAGCGAGCUGAUCGACUUUUUCUGCGAGGACAGAGACACUUUCAGGCUGGACGACUGUUUCAGCAUCUUCCACACCUUCUGCUCCAGGUUCACAAAUGCUGUCAAGGAGAACAUGGAGAGGGAGGCGAAGGAGGCGGCUCGUCGUCAGCGGAUACAAGAGUUGGAGGAGAAGAAGAGGCACUCCUGGGCUGGAGGAGAAAAGGUGGAUGGAGUCUUUGGGCUGCGCUGCCACAGUGAGCUUGACAUGUCCACUGCUUUGUCGCGGCAUGACGAGGCCGGACUGUUGAUGGAGCUCCUGACCCCUAGGUCCCACCCUCGCUCACCAGUGAACAACUCCCACAGUCCUCUGGGACGUGCUGUGAGCUUACGUCGUUCCCGAAAGUCUCCAUCCUGCUCACCAUCUAUUGCUGCUGAGCAGGAACUAAGCACUUUCCUGGAAAAGGCGACUGAUCGCAAAAACAUUCAGCAAAGAGGCAAAGGGAGCAGUUUUCCAUCUCCCUCAAGUCCAGGAUUCCCAGUGUCCACCCAAACGGCACCACAAAACUCCUCAUCACCUUCCAAAAGGAGUCCAAAAAACAAAAACCAUGCAACUGCCACUUACCUCAGCCAAAAUGCUACCCAGACGUGUGCAAAUGCCACUAAUCCUGCAAAUGAACUUGCAGUCAAACCUACCUCUGACUCAAACCAGCAAUCUGAACACAACAACAAAAGCAGCAGUGAUCAACCUGGCAUGGGUUUAAGCAGCCAUGCAACACUUACAACAAGCAAACCAAAAGAUGUUGAACUGGUUUUAACUCAGCAGACUGACUGCACUGAUAAGAGCUUUCAGCAGAGCACCACUGCUACAGGAAACAUGGUGGUGGUUUUAGACAAAUGCACGUUGGUUCCUGAGCUAAAAGUGUUUGGCAGUGGCGACACCCUCACAAGUCAUAGCGAAAACAGACAUGUCGGUCUUCAUCAAGAUGAUUUGACAAUCACAGAUUUGGAAGAAGAGAAAGGGGAUGAAUUGCAAGUUGAUAAGGUGCAGAAUAAUGGCCAACUGAUUGUAAAUCCAAAACAAUCUGAUGAGCAAGUCUGUGAGCUCAGCUCUUCUUCAACACCAAGAGAGGGCGAUGAGGGGCAAGAGGAUAAGGUGGUUGUAUGGUGUGUGACGGGUGUGUGCGAGGCUACAAGUGACACACAAAGCACCUAUGCAGAAACUGAAAAAGAUCAGCAUAAGGGUGACAACCAAGGAGGAAACAAACUAACUUCCUCUGCUUUAGCCAAUGACAUGCCUUCAGAACCUCAACCGGCCAAUGAAAAACCAGUGCCUGUACCCAUCAGCAGCCAACCAGUGCCUGUCCCCCGCUGUGAUGACACAUCACUGCUUGUUUCUUCCUCUGUGUGGCGCCCGAAAGAACCUCCAACACCUAAUGUAGUGCCUGCUCUCACAGCAGAUGCUUCUGAGAAAGAUAAAGAACUGGAGGAAGAGGAAGAAGUGUCCACCAACAGGAACAGUGAUGGAGUGACCGUCUCAAAACAAUCAACAGAAGAGAAAAGCAAAAACAACAUGGCUUCUAAAGACUCAACCAGUAAAACUGCAAAAGCAGCUUCUUCCACCAAAGUAAAAGCAGAACCAGCAACUCCAUCUAAACUACCCAGCAAGAGCCUUCCUACGUCUAAAGUCCAAACUAAUGGGAAGAAACCUACCCCAAACACUAUCUCUGCAUCUGGCAAAUCCAAAUCUAUCCGGACCCUCACAACCUCCGAGAACAAGGACAUGAGGAGGGUUGUGCCAAUAUCCAGGACCAACAGAAGUCCAUCCAGAAUCAAACAUACAGAGAAGAAUCGAGGCUCCUCCAGCACUGCAGUGCCCACCAGUCUGACUCCCUCAAAAUGAAGCAGUGCUUCCCCUCGACGAGUAGCGAGGCCUGCAAAUGCUCCUUCAUCCCGACAAUCUGGGAUCCCCAAGACUUUGGAUCCAAAGGACUCAAAGAACCAGAAUGUUUCAGGUACUCAGCCAUCUGCCCGAGAACAGAACAAGGACUUUCAAGGAAAGAUGUCCAGCCAAAAGCCCUUAAUGAAACCUAAAGCCCAGCAGGAGGAGAAGAUCUGUCGCUCCACACUGCGGGCACUCUCUCAGGGUGGAAGAAGUG